AUGGAGGGUCUCGCGCAACAAGUGGCCUUGCUGCAGGCGCAACUAGCCGCCGCCUUUCAGAUGGGUGCUCUGAUGGCCCCUCAGCAGCCCGCGGCGCCGACGCCGGCUGCUUCUACUGGACAGCAUCCCGCAGCGGCGGGACGCUCCAAUGUGUCAGGUGACACACAUGCUCAGAUGGUGGCAAAGUUGCGCUCAGUGCCAAAGCUGGACACUACGAGGCAGUCACCACAACGCAACAUUCUCACAUGGCUCACAGCUAUGCAGUAUGAACUAGAGUUGCAUCAGAUACCCACAGCCUGCUGGGUUCUUUGUGCCCUGGAUUUCUUGGACCAGGCGGCACGCGACUACUAUGUGCAAGCCUAUUCGGCUACCGAACUUCGAGAGCUUCCCUGGGUGAAGUUCGCCACCCAGCUCAAGUCCCAACACAUGCCAUUGGGACUUCGAGCACAACUCGUUGCCUGUCUGGAUCACCUCCGUCAGGAGCCGCAAGAAUCCAUGGCAACAUACUACAAGCGUACGAAGCUUCUCAAAGAACAACUAGAUCUCAUUCCCGGUGGUGCGGCAUUCGCCACCGAUGUGAUCCUGCGUGAACGCUUUGCAACGGGCAUCACUAACGUCACAACGAAGCUUCUCCUCAAUGCAUGGAGUGCCUCCCAUCUGCAAACGACAGGAUCGGAGCCGACGUUUCUCCAGCUCGCCACAUAUUGCGUCUCACUAGAUGCGUAUGCCCACUGCACGAUGCCAGAUGGGUCCGUCAAACAGCUGAAUGCUUUGACGUCGCAUGUGCUUGCGGGUAAGCCCACUCGAGGUAAGGGAACCCCUGCUGUCACGGGAGUCCCGGGGGUCGCUCAGGACGUCACUCGUCCAGGGAUCAACGACGGGAUAACGGCCGUCGCCAGGAGCGACAGCCUUCUCGAUCACCCAGCGCCGAGCGCCGCAAUGUCAUCUGCCAUGCAUGUGGACGCUCGGGACACUAUGCUAAGGACUGCCGACGAGCUCGUCGCAGCCAGAGCCCUCAUCAGGCCCGCGCACGAUCCCCUCGUGCAUCGUCCUCGCCAGCGCGCGAAGAUGAACAAUUCCCCUCUGGUGAAGAGGACGAGCCCACUACCGCUGCCGUGA